AGUUUUAAAAGAAAAGAAAAAAAAUCUUUUAUAAAAUAUAUAAUUUCCUUAUUUCGCCGUGGAAAACAAGGCAAAAAUAAAUGUACAAAAAUGCAUAUAUCUUGAGCUUGAGCUUGAGCAGCAAGUUGUACAGAUCUGAUCGCAGCAAAAUGCAGAGAUUCUUGUUUAGCCGCGUCGUGGAAAAUCAACAUCAGAUAAGCCGAAGAUUUCUCAAUCUAGUUCCAUCUCUAUCACCACCAGUUCCUGCUCUGUCUCGUUUCUUUCCGAAGAUUACUGCUUCUGAUUCCACUUCCUCUCUUCCCGUUGUUAGUGUUACUCUUGACUCCAUCAAUCCCAAGAUUAAUCUUCCUAAAAAGGCGAUUGAUGCCGUAAAGACAGCACCUGAUGUGUUCUACUGCAAACGCCUUCUCAACGCCACUGGUUCUCGUUUCGGACAGGUUCUUGGAACAUGGCAUUUCAGAUGCACAAUUCUUCCGGCGACAGCGAAUCGCGUCAGAGAGGUCCACAAGACGACUUCCAUCAACGAAAAUAAACCAACAAAAAAGAGUUCCGUCAGCGAAAAGAAACAAAAAAAAAAGACUUCCAUCAGCGAAAAGAAACCAAAAAAAAAGAGUUCCGUCAGCGAUAUCCCUAGAAGAACAAAGUUUCAGAAACAUCAUCGAGGAAGAAUUAAAGGAAUAUCUACUCAAGGGAAUAUUUUUGGUAGAUAUGCUCUUCAAACACUUGAACCCGCUUGGAUCACAUCUAGACAAAUAGAAGCAGGGCGACGAGCAAUGACACGAAAUAUAGGACGUGGUUUAAAAGUUCGAGUUCAUAUAUUUGCAGACAAACCAGUUACAGUAAGACCCCCCGAAACGCGAAUGGGUCGUGGGAAAGGAGAUCCAGCGUUUUGGGUAGCUGUGGUUAAACCAGGUAAAAUCAUUUAUGAAAUGGGUGGUGUAUCCGAAAAAAUAGCCAGAGAAGCUAUUACAAUUGCGGCAUCAAAAUUGCCUAUAAAAACCAAAUUCAUUAUUUUUGAAUAAGUUGAAUUGAAUGUAGCAGAAUUGAUGUGUAUUCAAAUAAUAGGAGCUAGUAAUCGCAGCUAUGCUCAUAUUGGUGAUGUAAUUUUGGUUUGGUUCGGGUUUAUUCUUUUUGUCUGAGAUUGAUUUAAGGUUUGCUUUCACAAUCACAGUUUAGUCACUCUUUAUUUG